AAAUAUAUAUUGCACUCUCAAAAGUAUUUUUAAAUGUUUUUUUAAAAUGAGCCAAAAAUACUAGAGAAAUACUAAAACUACUCUCAAAUAUAACGAUCUUGAUAUAAAUGUAGGAACUGGCUCCAAAAAUCACUGUUGGUCGUUGGUGGUCAAUGUUUUCGGCGGACGCUCCCCAACCCUCCCGAAUGCACUCACUCAGACCCCUUCCAAUGACGAAGCGGCUCAGAACCACUCCACCGUCGACUCCCUCCGUCAAGUCUCCGCCGCCGCCGCCGCCGCCGCCCACCACCAUCUCCGGCCACCAUUCGUCCAGCAACCCUAAAACCGUCCCCAAGUGGGUCCCCCUCAAUCUCACAAAAUCAGACCUCUUUUUGCCUCUCACUUUCCCCACCGGCCAAACCUUCCGGUGGAAGCAAACCGGGCCUCUCCAGUUCACCGGCGCUGUUGGGUCUCAUCUCAUAUCUCUCAAGCAACUUCCAAACGGCGACGUUUCGUAUUGCACUCACUCUGAGUCUUCUUCAACAUCCUCCGCCGCCGCCGCCGCCAGGCAGGCCUUGCUUGAUUUCCUUAACGCCGGAAUCUCCCUGAGCGCCAUUUGGGAGGUUUUUUCGGCGGCUGAUCCGAGGUUCGAGGUGUUGGCGCGCCAUUUGGGGGGCGCUCGAGUUCUCAGGCAACACCCUCUCGAGUGUUUGGUUCAGUUUCUAUGUUCUUCAAACAACAAUAUUGGGAGAAUCACCAAAAUGGUGGAUUACAUCUCAUCACUAGGGAAUUAUUUGGGCAAUGUUGAAGGUUUUGAGUUCCAUGAAUUCCCCUCUUUGGAGCGCUUGUCCUUGGUCUCUGAGGCUGAGCUUAGAGAGGCAGGCUUUGGUUACAGGGCUAAAUACAUAGUUGGAAGUGUAAAGGCACUGGAAGCCAAACCUGGGGGAGGUGCAGAAUGGCUUCUGUCUCUUCGUGAUUUGGAUCUCGAAGAGGUGAUUGAUGCGCUUUCUUCGUUACCCGGCAUCGGUCCGAAAGUGGCAGCUUGUAUUGCUCUCUUCUCCCUCGAUCAGCAUCAUGCCAUUCCUGUAGAUACACAUGUAUGGCAGAUUGCUACUAGGUACCUUGUCCCCGAGCUCGCUGGUGCACGUCUGACACCAAAGCUUUGCAACCGUGUGGCUGAGGCAUUCGUCAACAAGUAUGGAAAAUAUGCUGGUUGGGCUCAAACUCUGCUUUUCGUAGCCGAUUUACCUCAACAGAAAGCCCUCUUAUCAUCACAUCUUGAGAAGAGUACUAAGAGGAAAAAAUCUACAAAGCAGCAGAAGGAGAAGAACUGAUUCAAGAGGAUCGUUCAAGUACAAACUGCUGGCAAAUGUGGGAUACGGGAGAUGAAUGGUGAUCGAUGACCGAGUUUUGCUUGCUUUUGAAGGAGGUGUAUAUUUAUUUUUUUUAAUGUUCCAUUUGGCAAAGAAAUGCUCUUGCUUUGAAAAUCUUUCCCUAGAAACGUCCGAGGGAAGAGAAUCGUUUGGCCAGGUGUGAGUUGGCAUAUUGAUGUUGUUUUCUCCUGAAAAGAGGAAUUCAAAAUUUAAUCCCCAUUAUUAGGGAAGUUCAUUGACAUUCCAGCAUUACAGUUGUAAUAGUGUUGCUACUCUGAAACAUUUCAAUUGUAAUAUGGUAGGAAAAUUCACUAGCAAAAAAA